CUUACUUCCGGUAGCUGCAGUGGUUACAUGCGCAUGCGCAUCCCCGCCUCUUCCUCUAUAUCGCGGAGGCUGUCGGGAGAUCAGUUUUCUCGUGCGGCGGACACGUGUUGUGUGCUGUAGAUCAUCGGACGGAGCUGCAGACAUGAGGCCAGGAUUCAGUCCUAGAGGAGGGGGAUUCGGUGACCGCGGUCGUGGCGGUUUUAGAGGCCGCGGCGGCGGAGGAGGAUUUGGCGACCGUGGAGGUGGCAGAGGAGGCUUUGGAAGAGGCGGAUUUGGUGAUCGUGGAGGUGGCAGAGGUGGAUUUGGUGACCGUGGAGGUGGCAGAGGCUUUGGAAGAGGAGGUUUUGGAAGGGGUGGACCUCGUGGUGGGUCCAGAGGAGGCCGCGGGGGAAGAGGAGGAUUUGGAGCAGGAAGGAAAGUUAUUGUGGAGCCGCACAGACAUGAAGGCGUCUUCAUCUGCAGAGGAAAAGAGGACGCGCUGGUCACCAAGAACCUGGUGCCUGGAGAAUCUGUCUAUGGAGAGAAGAGGAUCUCUGUGGAGGAUGGAGAGUUAAAAAUUGAGUACAGAGCCUGGAACCCCUUCAGAUCGAAGCUCGCGGCGGCCAUCUUGGGUGGCAUUGACCAGAUUCACAUAAAACCUGGAUCCAAAGUCUUGUAUCUUGGAGCUGCCUCUGGGACGACUGUAUCCCACGUGUCUGACUUGGUCGGCCCGGAAGGAUUGGUCUACGCCGUCGAAUUCUCCCACAGGUCCGGGCGCGAUCUCAUUAAUGUCGCCAAGAAACGUACAAACAUCAUCCCUGUAAUCGAGGACGCCAGACACCCGCACAAGUACCGCAUGUUAAUGGGGAUGGUUGAUGUAAUUUUCGCCGAUGUAGCGCAGCCUGAUCAAACAAGAAUUGUGGCGCUCAACGCACACAACUUCCUGAAGAAUGGAGGGCAUUUCGUCAUCUCUAUAAAGGCAAACUGCAUUGACUCCACCGCGGCCCCGGAGGCCGUAUUUGCCUCAGAAGUAAAGAAAAUGCAGCAAGAAAACAUGAAACCCCAAGAACAGUUGACGCUUGAGCCCUACGAGAGGGACCAUGCGGUGGUGGUCGGGAUGUACAGGCCUCCACCAAAACAGAAGAAAUGAUUUUUCCUACUUUAGGUUUUCUUAAGACUUUAUUUUUAUAUAUAAGGAAUCCCACUGUUCCACGCUGCCCCCUCUACUCCUGCUAAAGAUGCUGGGAUCUUACCUCCCUCCCUGAAUACUCCGACAGAUGAGCAGAUCUGCAGGAUUGGAGGGGUGCUACACUGCCGCCUCUAAUAGCGUAUUGACAAGAUUGCUGCACUGCUCUCUUACACCAGGGGGCGCUGUUUGUCAAACGUUCAUGUAGUUCCAGGGGGUGCGGCUUAAAUGCGAUAGUUUUGUCACUUCCUUUAUUACUGGUAAUAUGCCCUGUACUGGGACAUCUGAUUGUAACAGAGGGCUCAUCUUUUUGUUAUGAUUAUUUUUGGGGCUCCAAUUAGCCCUUAUUGCGUAUUUUGUAUUCAUGCGGAUGAACAGUUCUUGGGGGGGCAAAGUUGUGAUAUAAAUUUUUAUCUUAA